CCAUAUAUAGCAUCUAUGGAACACCAUACCGAUUGGGUAAACGACAUUGUGCUUUGUUGUAAUGGGAAAACAUUAAUAUCUGCUUCUUCUGACACAACAGUGAAAGUGUGGAAUGCACAUAAGGGAUUUUGCAUGUCAACACUAAGGACACAUAAGGAUUAUGUAAAGGCCUUAGCCUAUGCCAAGGAUAAAGAACUGGUAGCUUCAGCUGGGUUGGACAGACAGAUAUUCCUUUGGGAUGUGAAUACCUUAACAGCAUUGACUGCCUCAAACAACACUGUCACAAGUUUGCAUCGAGACAGUGGUUCAUAUUUUGAGAUUGCUUCUACCUACAGCGUUCUAGCCCCCAAGAGUAUGAUUGAACAACAAGGAGCUAGUUCCUCACUGCAGUCUAAAAAUGCCUCUUCUUUAAGCGGGAACAAAGAUUCCAUUUAUAGCCUGGCAAUGAAUCAACUGGGAACAAUCAUUGUAUCAGGGUCCACUGAGAAGGUUUUAAGGGUAUGGGAUCCAAGAACAUGUGCGAAACUAAUGAAGCUGAAAGGGCACACAGACAAUGUCAAAGCACUGCUGUUGAACAGGGAUGGUACACAGUGCCUUUCGGGCAGUUCUGAUGGGACAAUUCGCCUUUGGUCCCUUGGCCAACAGAGAUGUAUAGCGACAUACCGAGUCCAUGAUGAAGGCGUUUGGGCUCUGCAGGUCAAUGACGCCUUCACACACGUGUAUUCUGGUGGAAGGGACAGGAAGAUUUACUGUACAGACCUAAGAAACCCUGACAUUCGGGUACUAAUUUGUGAAGAAAAAGCACCAGUUCUCAAGAUGGAGCUUGAUAGGUCAGCUGAUCCCCCUCCCGCAAUCUGGGUUGCGACGACUAAGUCUACAGUAAAUAAAUGGACCUUGAAGGGAAUUCAUAAUUUCAGAGCCUCCGGAGAUUAUGACAAUGACUGUACAAAUCCUAUAACACCACUUUGUACGCAGCCUGACCAGGUUAUUAAAGGGGGUGCUAGUAUUAUUCAGUGUCACAUUCUUAAUGAUAAGAGACAUAUAUUAACCAAAGAUACCAAUAAUAAUGUGGCAUAUUGGGAUGUAUUGAAGGCAUGUAAAGUUGAAGAUCUGGGCAAAGUGGAUUUUGAGGAUGAAAUUAAGAAAAGAUUUAAGAUGGUGUAUGUGCCAAAUUGGUUCUCAGUAGACUUAAAAACAGGGAUGUUGACUAUUACUUUGGAUGAGAGUGAUUGUUUUGCUGCUUGGGUUUCUGCAAAAGACGCUGGCUUCAGCAGCCCUGACGGGUCAGAUCCAAAACUGAACUUAGGAGGACUUUUACUGCAGGCACUCCUAGAAUAUUGGCCUAGAACACACGUGAAUCCAAUGGAUGAAGAAGAAAAUGAAGUAAACCAUGUAAAUGGGGAGCAGGAGAACCGAGUGCAGAAGGGAAAUGGAUAUUUUCAAGUCCCCCCCCACACUCCUGUGAUCUUUGGUGAAGCUGGGGGACGCACACUGUUCAGGCUGCUCUGCCGAGACUCCGGGGGUGAGACUGAGUCGAUGCUUCUUAAUGAGACAGUGCCACAAUGGGUCAUUGACAUCACUGUGGAUAAAAAUAUGCCCAAAUUCAACAAAAUUCCUUUCUACCUCCAACCUCACGCAUCUUCGGGAGCAAAAACCUUAAAAAAAGACAGACUCUCCGCCAGUGACAUGCUCCAAGUCCGGAAGGUAAUGGAACACGUUUACGAGAAAAUCAUCAACUUGGAUAAUGAGUCGCAAACCACUAGCUCUUCUAACAACGAAAAGCCAGGGGAACAGGAAAAAGAGGAGGAUAUUGCUGUGCUGGCAGAGGAGAAAAUCGAACUUUUGUGCCAGGACCAGGUUUUGGAUCCAAACAUGGACCUCCGGACGGUGAAGCACUUCAUCUGGAAGAGCGGGGGCGACCUCACCCUCCAUUACCGCCAGAAGUCCACGUGA